AGAGGGGAUUCCUGAUCUGGCGGAUAGGUUUGAACGUAGUCGGCUUCCGAGGGCCCCCUAGUGCUUGUGAAAAUUCGGUCAGCGAACUUCCGCGAAGUGUCAGAACAGGAGCGGAAAAAUGUCUAUAUUCGCGAAUUUGAUUUUCGCCUGGUUUUUCGUUUUUCGGAUCGGUGGUGCCAGUGCAGAUACGCUCACGGAGGCUGAGCAGAGGAUGGCCAGUGAUUCCGAUCUUUCAGAGUUUUAUUCAUUACUGCAGAGGAGUCCACUUGCGAAGGUUGCCUUGAAGUAUAAGCAAGUAACCAUCUUCGCACCUAUAAAUUCAGCAUUCCAGACUUAUACUACAGAAAUAGAUGAUCCAAAUGAAAUCAUACCAUAUCAUAUAGCAAACGUACCUAAGAAGACUGGUCAACUAGGAACGUCAUACACGUCCCUCUUCUCUGAAUUGACUGGCAGUCCAAUUUUAUGGGUCACGCACACCACUGGGACUUAUCAUGAUGACAUAUACAUCAACAAUGCCAAAAUGCUGAUCAGCCAGUCUAAUAUACAGGUCAACCAAAAUUCGAAUGAACAAGUGAUACAUAAAAUUGACGAGGUCCUGAUUCCCACGAGAUCCGUAAAAAACGCCGCCAAUAAGGUUUUCAACCCUACUGCGUGGGAAUUCUUGGAAAGUUAUGAAUCCCUCAUCAUGGGAGAUCACAGAGUUAGGUCCUACCGACAGAGAGUUCAAGCAACGAACAAGGAAGAUAUUUUCAAAACCGAAGGCGGACAUACAUUUUUCAUUCCAGUAGAUGAAGGAUUUAAGGGAGGCCGAGCUGCAGCCAUCGAUGGAAAGGUUAUAGAUGGUCAUGUUAUUCCUAAACAGGUCUUGUUCACUGCACCUACGAAGAAAGGAGUUCCUUUCCAAACACUAGCGAACGGUGACAAUAACCUCAGGGUUACCAUUUCUUUCACUCAAGAAGAAAGAGACAAGAGAGUAAUCCAUUAUGUUAAAAGUCAUACAAUACUUGGGGAUGGCAAACACACACAAGGUAUUGUCUUAGCUGAAAUCGUCAAAGCCAAUAUUCCAGUUAAGAAUGGAGUUGUUCAUCUAAUUCAAAGACCCUUGAUGAUAGUCGACAAUUCUGUGAAAGAACUUUUGUUGGAACAAAUGGACUAUAUUUGCAACGUUGGUAUCAAAAAGGAAGAACAGUUAUUAUUUGAAGAUAUUCCACCUCCAAACGAACACCAAUGGGGUCUUCUGAGUUCAUUUGUGAACGCCAUCAAUGAGACAGCUUUUGGACAAGAAUUCUUCGAUAGACUGAACCAUGACGGACAAAUAACAUUGUUCGCUCCUUGUAGUACAGCAUGGAUUAACGACUUGACUCUCAAGAAAUUAAUGAGGGAUCCGGCCAGAUUCAGGGAAAUUCUUAACCUCCAUUUGGUUGUGGAUGAUAAGAUUUACGUUGAUAAAAUACUGAAGAAUGCACAAGGCAGGCGUUCUCUGAGAAAGAGGUCGAGCUUCCAAUCUCCGACACUCAACAAACAGCAAAAUCUCUAUUUCAACGUGAACACUGUGGGCAACAACAGAACCGUAACUGUAGAAGGAGGUGGUGUCAAUGCUACUGUAUUACAGGCUGAUCUGGCAGCUACAAAUGGUAUCAUCCACGUUAUAGAUAGGGUGCUUGGUAUACCUUAUUCGAAUAUAUUGGACAAAUUGGAGAAGGACCCACAGUUGAAUAUAACAUACCAACUGGGACUGCGACGUGGAUUCAACAAUUACUUGAAUGACACGAAUAAGAGAUAUACUUUCUUUGUACCCAGAGAUUUUGCAUGGAAAGAAGCCAGUAUUAAAUUUCCAUCCACCACGAAGGUUCUUCUGAUGCCCGACUAUGCUUAUCAUUCAAACAAUAUUCUUGAACGUCAUCUAGUUGCAACUGAUGAUGAAGUUUACACUAUGGAACGUAUCAAGCAAUUGAGCGACAAUAGCAGCCAACAGAACAAAUUCAGAAAGGACAUUGAACUGAGGACAAUCAGAGGUGGAUCCCUACGUUUGUACGUUGAAGAGAAGUACGUGGGCCAAGCCACUGAAUUAGAUUCUCGUAACGGUAAACCUGCAGAUCCAACCUUCACAAUACAUUGGAAUGGUGAAAGAAUUCCUGUCUAUCGUCCAGAUAUUGAGUGCACCAAUGGAAUAAUCCAUAUCAUAGAUAUGCCACUUCUUCAAGAAUCGGAUGUUCAUAUCAGUGGAGCAUCAAUGUUAUGGAUAACUAGCCACCUUCUCCUGCUAACACUUACAACAUGUUUGAUAUAAGGGAAUUUUGAUUUUGGUUCGAAAAGUAUAGAAGGAGCUUAUGAUGGACAAUAUAAGAAUGGUGUGAAUUAUGAAAUUAACUAUUAGUUCUAUUUUGUGAGUUAAUAGUCUUGUUUUGUAUCAUUAAUUAGGUUAUAAACUACAUCGCCUUGUAAAUAUUGGAAAUAUGUUCUGUUCAUGAAUUUUAUAUAUUAUUUAUGGACGACAAAAGAAUAUGAAUACCAAGUAUUCUGUAUUCUGAACCAUUUAUUCCCUUAUAUUUUGCGAUAAAUAUUUUCAUAAUUCAAUUUUCCGUGAAAAAUAUUUCUUUUUAAGUGUAGAUCUGACAUUCCUACUCUACCUGAUCUGAUGCCUUUCGCAAAUAUCUAUCAUGAGUUGUGAUUCGAAAUGUAUAUUGAAUAGCUUAUUUUUGUUUAAUUCAAUUUGCUAAGUGAAAGAUUAUCUGCGAAUUCUCAAAGAGAACUAGUAAAAGAGAGAUCGUAUAUUAUUAUCGCAAUUUCAGUUCGAUUCAUCGUGAAUUUUGUGUUUAUUUCAAUACUACCUUAUCAGAGCACUUUUGUAAAACUUAUGCUUGCCUCUAACUCGACUGAAUUCAUACAAUAAUAUUAUCUUCAUAAAUUGGUUCGAAGAAAAGUCAAAUAUUUCCGAAUACCCUCUAGUUGAAGGUUAAAAUUGAAAGUAAAAAAUGUCCUACUAUCUUCAAGUUGACGACGAUGUUUGAUAUCAAUUUGCGCUUGAUUGAUGUGAAAAACCAUUUAGUGUACUAUAAAUGAAAUAACAACCAAGGUUUUUCGUUCGGAAAAUUCCUAAAAAGAUGAUUCAUUCACUCCGAAAAAAAAGAAUAUAAAUUAAGAAUAUAAUAGAUAUUCAAUAUAAAUGUAUAAGUAAGACUACCAAAGAUAAAUGUACCUACAUAAAUCGUUUAUGUAUUAGCUACUGGAGUUAGGAAUACAAUUGUAAGUUGACUUUCUAAAUGUAUAAGAGCUGAUGUAUCCAGUUAAGGUUACAAACCAAUCGAUGUUUGAUGCUUUAAAAAUUUACCAAUGUGAGAAAGCGAGUAUGUAUCAUGUUUCCGCACUGCCAGUGUAUGUUUGAGAAUGCGAUUGAAGCAAGUUAUUCUAUUUUUGGGAUUUAUCAUUCAAGAGCUGAUGGCAGUCUACUGUAGGUAAAUUCAUGAUAAUGAAUAUUUAUAAAGAUUUUCUGAUGCAUAUGUAUAAAUUUUGAAUUCAUAUUUUAUAAUAUUAUUAAUAUAUUUUGCACUCCAUUGUUUUCUGUAGUGAGCUAUUUGUAUUUUUGAUCCUGUUGUAUAUAUUUUUUCAAUAAAGCAUUCAGUGCU